UCAUUGGACACGUCAUAGCGGGAGGAGAAACUGACGAGAGUAGACCAAAUUCCUCAGCGCUCCUCAAAUUUCCAGCAAUCACGGACCUUUUGCUCGCCUUUGUAACGACCGACAUUCCAUACCUUUUACGCCAAACUGAGAGGCUUCUAAAAUGAUGUGGCGAACUAUCCCCGCGCUCUUACUUAUUUCUGUCGCGGUCAUUCAUGCCGAGGAGGUGCAGAGUAAGAGCAAGGUGUGUGCCAACGUGUUCUGUGGAGCGGGUCGAGAGUGUGCCGUCACUGAGAAGGGAGAGCCUGGCUGUCUGUGUAUAGAGAGCUGUAAGCCCCACAAGCGUUCAGUGUGUGGCAGUAAUGGAAAGACAUAUCGGAACCACUGUGAGCUCCACCGGGAUGCCUGUCUGACGGGCCUCAAGAUCCAGGUGGCUCACGACGGUCACUGCCAGGAAAAGAAAACUGAUCAGACUGCCACCAGCCCAGUGGUGUGCUAUGUGGCAGAUCGCAGCGAGCUGAGGAGUCGUAUCAUCCAGUGGCUGCAGACUGAGGUGGUCCCAGAUGGAUGGUUCGCUAAGGGCUCCAACUUCACUGACAUCUUGCUCAAAUACUUCAAGAACUAUGACAAUGGUGACUCUAAGCUGGACUCUUCAGAGCUUCUCAAGUUCAUACAACACAACGAUUCAGCCGUGGACAUGCAGUCAUACGCAGACCAGGAGAGCAACAAGCUGCUUAGGAGCCUCUGCGUGGACGCCCUCAUCGAGCUUUCCGACGAAAAUGCAGACUGGAAGCUGAGCUUUGAUGAGUUCCUGAACUGCUUAAAACCUGGCUUCAACCCCCCUGAGAGGAAGUGUGCCCUGGAGGAUGAGACCUAUGAGGAUGGAGCAGAGACCACGGUGGAGUGUAACCGCUGUGUGUGUGCCUGUGGGAACUGGGUGUGCACAGCCAUGACCUGCUCUGACAAGGUUGAGGUUGCCGAGGAGACGGGGAAUGCAGGGCCGGAGAUGACGGAGGAGGAGUGGACUCGCCGUGUGGCCGAGCUCAACAAGCACCAGGAAACGGUGGAGAAGAUGAAGACCAGCACCAAGGAAGCCUAAAAAUGAAGAGAAGAAGGAGAGAGAGCCACCAUGGGGCCCUGUGCAGUCACUGAAUUGACUCAUUUAUGUUUCUGCUCUUUUGUUACGCUCAUGAAAUAUUAUUUUAUUUUUUUCACUAUUUUGUGUGUCUUUUACAUUUCUUAGUUAUGCAUAGGGUCUGUCGUGCGGUACCAAUAUGGAGUUAUGUUGUGUUCAGUACUGUUCUGUUUGAUUGUAUAACUGCACCCCCGCACUAAAAAUGGGGCUUUUACUGUUUCUUAGAUGUUUUUGAAACUAUGUAUACAAUAUAGAGUAUGUUUGUGUGAAUUAGAUUGGAAACAAUGGCAAGCGGUUACUGGUCUGGAUGGAUGACAUGUGUUGAUAGGAUAAUAUACACUUGGGAUAACCUGGAGAGACUACAUAAUAAUAACAAUAUGGAGAACCUACUAGUGGGUGUGUGUAUGUGGGAACUUUUGGAGUCCCAGAGAGAACCUCAGCAGUAUUAGUACACUUCUGCACUGCUUCAGCACUAUUCCAAUUAACAACCUGGUUGUCUCCAUUUUGUCUCUGGAAUGUGAGUUGAAUACAGUGAUCAUUAUUAACACGGUGGUCUGGUGUGAAGGUUAGGAAGCUUGAAUACUUGAUCUAAAGCUUAUUGGCUAACAGAAGAGGCUUGAUACUGCUUGACCUUUCCCCUCUUCUACCAAUGUAGUUCCGUUCAUUAGUCCCCCUCCCCCCAGUUUGAUUCUAACUGUUGGCGAUGCCCUGCUAUAUGUUUCCAAGAUAUGUGCUUGUGUAUGCAGUCUGUUAUUGGCUGGAAAUGGAGAAUGUGUGUGAUUGCUAUGGUUGUCCUGCUGGAGUCACUCAGCUCUCUGUGGCCUUGUUGUAGCCUGGUCAACCAGGCCAUGAACACCAGAUCUAUCUUGGCACGCUCAUUAGAUAUUUGGCCUCUGUCCACCAACAUUAAGCCUAAUGUAGAAUGAAGAGAUAUUCUACAUCAACAUACAAAUACUAAGACCAGGCUUGUAACCGGCCCUACAGUAGAGACCCCAGCACCAAGCCAGGAGCUGAGCUGAAAACAGGAGGAAGUUAACCUUUUGAAACCAAAGUUGUGUGACUGAUUUAUCUAUAUAGACUCAUCCCCUCCAGGUAACACAUGACCCUGGACCCAGCAACAACACAUUACCUGUGCUUUUGGAAGUCAUUCCAAACAGAAGGACUAGCCUCGCUGUCAGCUAACUUAGCUAAGACGCUUUUCUAACCUUGUACAUGCAUGAGAUGGGGUGUGUUUGUGUGUGUUUGGAAAUAGGUAGAUCUUUUGGCACAUUUAGUGUGUGUGUGAUUGUGUGUAGUGGUGAGUUCAAGUUGUGUUUUGUUUUAAAAUCCUAUUUGAGGUUUGUGGUUAUCAAUUAGUGCCUUAAAUCCAUAACCUCGUACUUUAGUGUGCACCCCACCACAGUCAUUGUGUAGAAUUCUAGCAGACCUUGCCUAAAGUCGUCCAUUUCUUUCAGAUUUUCAACCUUAUGUUGUAUGUUAGGUAUGAAUGAGUGUGUGUGAAUGCAAAGCAAAACUAGGUUCAGUCUACAUACAUAUUACACAGAAUCUGAAAAGUAUGUAUGACAAUAAAACCGUAUACUGUACUACCACAA